AUGCGGCCUUUCCGCAGACCAGCGAUCGCCGUUCAACCGUCCUACGCUCAUCCCAGGCUGCAGUCCAGGUCGGUCUCAGUCAUCCAUACAGAUCCGCUACCGGCCAGCCAUGUCCAGUCACCACUAUCCCCGUUAAGUGAGCGUUCAGAGGACAUCCCCCCUCCUCCUCCUCCUCCAGUGACGACAACCCCAGCCGCCGCGCACGCAACAGUCGACGACCUCAUAUCCUCUUUACCGCUCGUGCAGUCCCUCCGCCGGAAUAAAGCCUACACAGAGUCCCGGCCUCAUCUUACCAUGGCCUCCACGCUGAAAGCGACACACUUUGUCGCCGGCGCGCUCACCUCGACAGGCAAAGUGAGCGUCCCGCCCUACAUGUUCAGCACGAAACAUUCCUCGCCCUCCUCCCCCUCCUCCGUCAUCUCCAUCUUCCACGUCGGCGCCCACCUAUGCGGCCACCCAGGCUACGUCCACGGCGGCCUGCUGACCGUCCUCUUCGACGAGGUGUUUGCCCGCUGCGUCUCGGCCUGUUUCCCCUCCGGCCUGGGCAUGACAGCUAACCUGAACGUGGACUUCCGCAAACCCGCCACCCCGGACAGGGUGUAUGUUCUGCGCGCGAGUGUCACCAAGGUAGAGGGCCGCAAGGCUUGGGUGCAGGGGACCAUGGACUGUCUGGUCGGGGGGAUCACCGGUGAGGGUGUGAUGGUUGCAGAGGCUAAAGCGUUGUUCGUGGAACCCAAGUUCGCAGAAUCCAUGGUGCCACUGUACAAGGCUUGA